GACGUAGGCCAUUUUGUUGUACGUUCAGGUUUACGGGGAUUAUUUCUUCAGGGGCAGUUGGAAGUGACUAACAAACUUAUAAACCAACAUUAAUUGCAAGAACAUACAAAAAUUCAAUUAUACUGUUGCCAUCGUCAAAUAUAAUUUUUAUGUAUAAUGAGUAAUUAUUAAAUAAUGAGUAUAGACGUUGUUGAAGUAUCGUGAUUGUCGUGCAUACUUUUCUAUCGCGAACUACGAUCACAGAUACAAUUUAAUUUUCGAAAAACCGCACUAAUCACUAUACUGUGCUAGUUAAGAAACAAAAACAAUGGAGGAAAUAAUGGAAAUCGUGAAAGUUGAGGAUACGGUGUUAAUGAAAAAUACAACAUUGGAAAAUUUAUUUGAUCCAGAUAACCCAGGAGAAACUAUUAUAAUGUCCACUGAACAUGAUUCAAGUGAUAUGAAAGUUAUUGCUCAUGGUGGUCAAAUUAUACAAAUUGUAACAGAUUAUGAAUGUGUAACAUGUCAUCGUGUUUUCCAAUCGCAAGAUAUGCUAAAGGAACAUUUGGAUAUGUGCAGAGAAGAAGAUGAUUCUGUGAAUAUAUUACAAUUAAACAAUCUUGAGAGUUAUGAUUCGGAGGAUGAAGAGAAAGAUGAUAGUUCAGACUAUAUUGUUAAUUCUAAUGCCGAAGAUUCUAGUUCUAGUGGUCAAAAAAAUAAUAACGAUAAACCAGUGAUUAUGCCUGUACCUGAUACUCAAUGCCAUUGUUGUGCUGAAGAUUUAAACACUGCUCACAGUGGUGGUCAGUAUAAAUGUCAAAAUUGUGAACUGUCAUUUAAAAAGAAAUCAUCUUUGGAGAGACACACUGUAGUAAUUCAUUGGCAAUGUGACUCUUGUACUUGUAAAGAAUGUGGAGAAUCAUUUCGUGACAAAAAAUCAUUAAAUAAACAUCGUUAUACUACUCACUGUGGUCGAAAAGUUUAUAGAUGUGAGCCAUGCGAUACUUACUUUUCUCGAAGUUAUCAUUUAAAUCGUCACAUAAUGCAAUCUAGUUGCCAUGGGAAUAUUCUUAAUACAUACAACUGUCAAGUAUGUAAAAAGGUAUUUACACGUAAAGAUAAUUUACGUGAACAUUUGCGUACCCAUGCUGGAACUCCUCAAAGACAGAAGAAACCUUGUAAAUACUGCCCAAAGGAAUUUUUUACUAGCCAACAACUAGUAAUUCAUGAACGUGUUCAUACGGGAGAACGACCAGUUCAGUGUGAUUUAUGUCCAAAAACAUUUUUAUCAUCUCUUGCAUUAAAAAAACAUAGACGAGUACACACAGGAGAGAAACCAUUUGAAUGUAAAUUUUGUCACAAGAAGUUUGCUGCCCGAGAAACUCUAAAUCGCCAUCAAAGAACUCAUACUGGUGAAAAGCUCCAUGUUUGUCAGUAUUGUUCAAAGUCAUUCAUUCAGGCAGCUCAAUUGAGAGCACACAUAUUUCAUCAUACUGGUGAAAACGGUUUUUACUGUGACGUAUGUGGAAAAGCAUUUAAUCGGAAAGCUCGUUUAAACGUGCACAAAAAAUUUGUUCAUGAAGGAGCAACGCCAUUUACGUGUGAAAUUUGUGAAAAAAGAUUUAUUAGAAGAGAAGAUCUUGUAAAACAUGCAUUGCUUCAUACUGGUGUUAAACCAUUUAAGUGUGAUAAAUGCGUGAAAGCUUUUUCCACGAAGUCUUCUUUACAAGCUCAUUUAAAUACUCAUAGACGAGAACCGCCACAAUCAUGUGUUGAAUGUAAUAAAGUUUUCAUUCGACAAGAUUGUUUAAUGAGACAUAUUAAGGCAAAACAUCGUGAAUUGUUAGAAGAUGUAAUGAAUGAAGUCGAGAAAAAACAUUUGCAAACGCAAUUGUAUAACAUUGCUACAAUAGCUGCAGAAAAAACAAAAAAUGGAGAGUCGAAAAAACUUUCCACUGAUGAAUUAUUAAAAGCUAUUUCGGACCUUUUGAAAAUUUUAAUUGAUGACGAAACACUUCAGCUGUUUGGUUGGCCUGAUGCUCCUAUUCAAGAUAUUCUAGAAGCUGUGAUUAGAAGAUGUGGUCAUCAACCAUUAACAUCUGAAGUAGACCUUAGGGAAGAAAGUAGCAGCGACAAUGAAUCUAAUGUUGCAUCUAAAACUGAAGGGAAUCCUGGGUGGGCAGAUGCUAUGCAAAAGAUUUUGCAGACAAAAAAGCCAAAACGUAAAAAGACAAUAAUUCUCUCUAAAGCAAAAAAAUUAUGUGAUGUAAAGAAGAAAGAAACUAAAGAAUCCGAACCAUUUGAAAUUGAAAAGGUAAAGGAAGAAAUAAAAGAAGAAGUAAAAGAAGAAGAAAAUGAAGAUAAUGAUCAAAAACCGAUUACACAAUUGAAGGAAAAGAAAAGACAUAAUUUGGGUAUUAGAGUAAAACCAAGUAUAUUGGAUAGACAACAUGAAAGAGUAUUACAGAAAAUAGCUACAAAAGGUGUAGUACAAUUAUUCAAUGCAGUAAGACAACAACAAGGUGAAAUUAAUCAAAAGUUAGCAGAAGUUGGUCCAUUAGAAAGAAAAAGAGAACAGGUAUUAAAGAGUAUUGAUAAGUGCACAUUCUUAGAUGUUCUUAUGGGAGGAAGUAAAAGCAUUCAAGCAGAUAACAAUGUUAAGGAUGAAGAGCAAGAGAAUAAAAGGCAUAAAGAAAAGGAUAAGGAAACUUGGAAUGUAUUAAGAGAAGAUUUUGUUAUGGGAACAAAACUAAAAGAUUGGGAUCGAAAAGAUGAAGAAGAUGAUUCUUCAGCCCCAGAAGAUCUUGAUAGUGAUGAUUAAAUUAUCCAAAUUUAUCAGACAUUUUUACCUAUAUCAAAAAAUUGAUUUAAAGGUAUGUGAUAACAUCAUCAUUUGUUAAGAAUGUUGUUAAUAUUACAAUACUACAUUUUGUUAAUACAACUUUGCUGACUUUCAUAGCAAACUUAAAUUAUAUUUCAUUCAAUCUCUGUCUUUGUUACUUCUAUACUCCUCAAACAUAGAAAGAAACAAAAUAUUAAUUUCUUAUUAAAUAAUUUUAUUUAAUUUUAUUAAUAAUUUAUAUUUUGAUAUUUUUUUUAUCUAUGCAACAACAAUAAUAAUGCAUACAAUUUAUCAUUUCUUAAAUAAUUUAACGUAUGUUUAUAAUACGAACGUGAUUCUGUCUAAAAUUAACUUUUACUCUUACUAUAGUUAUAUCGCGUAAAUAUGCCGUAUUAAUUUGUCAUGAAAUGAUACUAUACUUUGUUUAUAUAUUUAAGCCGCGAUUUGUUGUAGGACAAUAAAUUAGACAUAGUGGAUAAACUAUGUUAACAACAUAAUUUUUACAUAGUGUUUUGAUGUAUCGAACAAUUACUUUCUGCACAUUUUAUCUGUAUAUACCUUAUUUUCAUUAUCUUUGUGACACAUAUAAAUAUAAAUUAUAAGCUUCUUUCACUGAACUUGCAUAUUUGAAAGCCUCAAAUGUAUUAUUUUGUAGUGAAAGCAAAUGUAUAAUAAAUGAUCUGUACCAUGAAUUGCUAAUAACAGGUAAAAAAUGUUUAAA